AUGGGAACUAACAACGGGAUGUUUCGUUAUGCUGAUCGGGUGGACAAGAUUUUGAUGAGUUUAGGGACUUUAGGUAGCAUGGGAGAUGGAUUGCAGAUUCCUCUGAUGAUGUUUGUACUUAGUGAUGCCAUCAACUCAUAUGCCAAUCCCAACACUCCACUCUCUUUAGAUGUUGUUAAUAAGUUUUCACUGAGGCUGCUUUAUGUUGCAAUUGGAGUUGGAUUAUCUGCUUUUGUUGAGGGAUUGUGCUGGGCAAGAACUGCAGAAAGACAGACUUCAAGAAUGAGACUGGAAUAUCUGAAAUCUGUGCUUAGACAAGAUGUUGGAUUCUUUGACACACAAGCGGCUGAUUCUUCCACAACUUUUCAGGUUGUUUCAACCAUCUCAGCUGAUUCCAACACAAUUCAGACCACCAUAGGAGAGAAGAUACCUGAUUGUCUGGCUUACACCUCAUCCUUCCUCUUCUGUGUCAUCUUUGCAUUUAUGCUGUCCUGGAAAGUUACACUGGCUGGUUUACCUUUGAUGUUCACCUUCAUUGUUCCUGGAUUGGGAUUUGGGACACGCAUGAUGAAUGUCGCGAUGAAGGUGAUCGAGUCUUAUGGCGUUGCUGGAGGAAUUGCUGAACAAGCAAUUUCUUCUAUAAGAACUGUGUAUUCAUAUGUUGCAGAGAAUCAAACUCUUGAGAAGUUCAGCCAUGCACUUGAAACCACUAUGCAGCUAGGAAUAAAGCAAGGUUUGGCUAGAGGAUUGAUGUUGGGAAGUAUGGGUGGUAUUUAUAUAAGCUGGGCUUUUCAAGCUUGGUUAGGAUCUUUCCUUGUUAGCAAAAAGGGAGAGAAGGGUGGAGAUGUUUUUGUAGCAGGAUUCAACAUUCUCAUGGGAGGAUUAAAUAUUUUGACUACUCUACCUAAUCUCACUGCCAUCACGGAAGCAAAGGCUGCUGCAAUUAGGAUAACUGAGAUGAUUGAUCGAGAGCCGAGUAUCGAUACUGAAGACAGGAAAGGGAAAGCUCUUUCACAUGUUAGAGGAGAAAUUGAGUUUAAAGGUGUCUAUUUUAGCUACCCUUCAAGGCUGGAUACGCCUAUCCUUCAAGGCAUUGAUCUUCUGUUUCCAGCAGGCAAAACAGUUGGCCUUGUUGGCGGCAGUGGUUCUGGAAAGUCCACUAUUGUUUCAUUACUUCAAAGAUUUUAUGACCCUAUUGAAGGUGACAUAUUUUUGGAUGGUUACAAGAUAAAGAAACUGCAUCUUAAAUGGUUAAGAUCCCAAAUGGGAUUGGUUAAUCAAGAACCAGUUCUGUUUGCAACUUCCAUAAAAGAAAACAUCCUUUUCGGAAAGGAAGGAGCUUCAUUGGAAGAUGUACAAAAUGCAGCCAAGGCCGCGAAUGCGCAUGACUUCAUCAUGAAACUGCCUGAAGCCUAUGACAGUCAAGUUGGACAGUUUGGAGUUCAAUUAUCAGGUGGACAAAAGCAAAGAAUAGCCAUAGCAAGGGCAUUGCUAAGGGAUCCAAAGAUCUUACUGUUAGAUGAAGCUACAAGUGCAUUAGACACACAAUCCGAAAGCAUUGUGCAGAAAGCCAUUGAUAAUGCAUCUCAUGGAAGGACAGCUGUUGUCAUAGCUCAUCGCCUUUCCACGAUUAGAAUGGCUGAUCGGAUUAUAGUACUUCAAUCAGGGAAAGUGGUUGAAUCAGGCAGACAUGAUGAGCUUAUGCAGAUCAGUGAUGGAGAAUACUUCAAAAUGGUGCAGCUGCAAAAACAAACAACACAGAAUGACACGGAUAUCAGUUACGACUAUUACAACAAUGACAGGAGUACUCCAUACAGAAAAAGUGGAACUCAAAGCCCAUACCAAAGAAGUAACAACCAGAGCCCCUACCAUAGGAGUAUAAAUCAAAGUCCCUAUAUCAGGAGUAUCCCACAAAGUCCGAUGAGUGUUAGAUCAAGUGGACCAGUUACUCCAGCUAUGUAUGCUCUCAGUCCAGGCUUUUCCAGGAGUGCACCCUUUUCCAGUACACCUUACUCUGUACAGUAUGAUGACUAUGACAGUGAAGAUGAUGAAGAAUUUGAGCAAAAAGAUUACCCUGCACCAUCUCAAUGGCGAUUGCUGAAAAUGAAUGCACUGGAGUGGGAUAAGGCCUUGCUCGGAUGCAUUGGGGCUAUUGGAUCUGGACUUGUACAACCGAUAAACGCCUACUGUGUAGGAGCAGUGAUAUCAAUAUACUUUCGGUCUGACAAAUCUUCCAUCCAAUCACAUGCCAGAACCUACUCUUUCAUUUUCCUUGGACUUGCAGUGUUCAACUUUUGUGUCAAUGUCCUUCAACAUUACAGUUUCUCUGUAAUGGGGGAAAGGUUAACUAAAAGAGUUAGGGAAAAGCUGCUUGAAAAACUGAUGACUUUUGAGAUUGGAUGGUUUGAUCUGGAUGAGAAUACAAGUGCUGCAAUAUGUGCAAGAAUAUCAACUGAAGCUAGCAUGGUUCGCUCACUUGUUGGCGACCGAAUGUCACUGCUUGCUCAAGCAUUUUUCGGUGCCACUUUCGCGUAUGCACUUGGAUUAUACCUGACAUGGAAGUUAGCUCUGGUAAUGAUGGCAGCUCAGCCAUUACUCAUUGGAAGCUUUUAUGCCAGGACUGUACUCAUGAAGAGCAUGUCUGCAAAAGCUCAAAUUGCACAAAGGGAAGGAAGCCAGCUAGCAAGUGAAGCCGUUAUCAACCACAGAACUAUAACAGCCUUUUCCUCUCAGAAAAAGAUAGUAGGCCUCUUCAAACAGACACUAGAAGGACCCCGGAAAGAGAGCAUUCGACAAUCCUAUUUUGCCGGAUGUGGCCUGUUCAGCUCUCAGUUUUUAGCCGCAGCAUCUACAGCUUUAGCAUUUUGGUAUGGUGGGAGGCUCUUAACAAAAGAUGAAAUAGCGCCAGAACGACUUUUCCAAUCAUUCCUAGCACUACUCUUCACUGCUUACAUUAUUGCUGAGGCUGGUAGUAUGACCAAAGAUAUAUCCAGGGGAAGCAAUGCUGUCAGUUCUGUAUUAGCAAUCCUAGACAGAAAAAGUGAAAUCGAUCCUGAAGAUCCACGUGGGCAGGAUGCCACGAAAAUGAGCAUUAAAGGUCAAGUGGAGCUGAAGCAUGUACACUUUUCUUAUCCAUCAAGACCUGAUUUGAUGGUCUUGAAAGGCCUGAGCCUAAAAAUUGCAGCUGGAAACACAGUAGCACUACGUUCAGAACAUGUGCCUUGGAAUAACAAGGAUGAGCGCAACCUUUCAGAAUUUAAUUCGUACCUCAUCAAAGAGGCCAGUCUAACCCGGAAAGUCACCGUUGACCCGUUCGAGUAA